UGGUAUCAACGCAGUAAAUUCGAGCUCCAUUGAUUUCGCUUGCGCCGCUCAGCCAUACAUAGCUUCAUUCUGUGCCUUCAAUUCUGCAUCUCUCUGCAAAUUGCAAGAAGGAAAUGGACAUAGCUCUGUUUUCUCCGUCGUCGCUUUUCCCCGACGAGGACGAAUCGUCUAAUGAUGAGGGAACUUCAGAGACGCAGCAGAGCUAUGAGGAAAGGAAGCAUCAAUUUCCUGGAAUGGAAUUGAUUAUUCGAGAGUUUUCAUUUCAUGAGCUGAAUGCAAAUUUGCUCUGGCCGGGGACAUUUUCAUUUGCAGAAUGGUUGGUUCAAAACCCUCCUUGGAUUCAAGGACGAAAAUGCAUUGAAUUGGGAAGUGGCACGGGUUCGUUGGCGAUAUUUCUACGAAAGUCAUUUAAUCUUGAUAUCACAACAUCGGACUAUGAUGAUCAAGAAAUUGAAGACAACAUUGCCUAUAAUUGCAGUGUGAAUGGAAUUGCACCGGCCCUUCCUCACAUAAAGCAUACAUGGGGAGAGAACUUUCCAAUUAGUGAUCCUAACUGGGAUCUUGUCAUUGCCAGCGAUAUUUUAUUGUAUGUGAAACAGUAUCAAAACUUGAUAAAAACGCUAUCGUAUCUUCUCACGCCGUACAAUUACAAGCGAAAGUGCAACGAAAUGGCUUCUCAAAACGAUGAGGGUGGUGAAUCCCUGGCGAAGCCAAUGUUUGUAAUGAGCUGGAGGCGCAGAAUUGGAAAGGAGGAUGAAUUGCUGUUCUUCACCGGCUGUGAAAAUGCAGGUCUUGAAGUAAAACAUUUGGGGUCCCGCGUCUAUUGCAUCCAAUCUAUCAAGUAAAAUUUUCAUCAUUAUGUUAGUAAUUACAUUUGUAAUAGUUAAACAUGUUGGUUAAUAUUAGGAAGUUACUCAGACUUUCUUACUUAAAUUAUCUCUUAUAAAUUAUAAGCUUAGUCAUU